UGACGAAACAGAAUUGGAUCAACAACGAGAGGGAGGUUGUCAAUUGACUUCCAUUCACCUUGUAUCAUCCACCUUGCGCUGAAUAUCACUUCUCUAGGAAAGCAUACAGAGAACUCUAGCAGCGUCUGGAACAUCAUCUACUCUCAUAUCGACGGUCCCAUCGUCAUCACUGAGCAAGAUUCAGACCUCGGAAAGAGCCAUUGAAUGCAAACAAGAAAAAGAUUUUGGAAUAAAACCGUGCAGAGCUCGGAAGUUAUAUGUGUAAUGUUGAGCAAUGGAGACAGCCAAUAAUCUGUUAGCGCAUUCAAGCCUGCCGUUCUAUCCAAACGGAUUGACAACAACAGUGUCCAGCAUCCUCAGCUCAAGUCCCGGGGGUCAAGAUUCGGCCAUCGGGCGAUCCGGACAGAACGGCUGGUCAAACUAUACAAGCGACGCAGGGAGUAUCACAGGUCAUAAUUCGUGUUCCAGUAUGUCUUCCUAUAGCAACCUCCAACUCGGAGCCUCCUUUUCCGCCAUGAACUCCAAAUCUCCCUACAACUCAUUUACGAGUGCUGGGGCUGACUAUAUAAAUUGUAGACAGAUGCAGCUUAAUCACAUGAAUCCUUUAAACAUGCCAGCCAUGAGGAAUUAUCCCUUGUAUGGAGAUAUGUAUCAAGCUGCCCAUCCCCCGGGCUACACGAAUGGAAGUUUUUAUCCCGACAUGCCCCCUGGUAUUCCCCCUCUCCCGGGCAGGGACAUCGACUGUAGGAGCGCCAACUCGGAUUCCCCAAACCAAGAAGCAAAAGGUAGAAAGAAGAGAAAGCCAUACACCCGUUACCAGUCAAUGGUGUUGGAAAAUGAAUUUUUGAACAGUUCUUAUAUUACAAGACAGAAACGAUGGGAAAUAUCGUGUAAAUUACAACUAACAGAAAGACAAGUGAAAGUUUGGUUUCAAAAUAGACGAAUGAAGAGGAAAAAGUUGAACGAACGCGCCAAAGCGAGACUGAGAGAUGACCAAGAACCUAAAGACCAUCAUCAUGCAGCACCCGGUCAAGGUCACCAUUCAGUACAAGCGUGA